AAGCGGAAGCAGCCCGACGGCCGGGAAGCCUCUCUCCAGGCCGCGGGGUCCAGCGGCUGGGGCCGGCCGCCGCGAUGCCGAGUCCCCGGAGGAACGUCGAGGGCCGGCCGCAGGGCGCCGCGGUCGCGAGCAGCGGCGGCCCCGGCAGCCCGGCCCACGGCGGCGGCGGCGGCCCCCGGUUCGAGUUCCAGUCCUUGCUCAGCAGCCGCGGCCCCGGAGGAGACCCCACCUGCGCCCGGCUCCGCGCGUCCGAGAGCCCCGUGCACCGCCGCGGCUCCUUCCCGUUGGUAGGGGCCGGUCCCCAGCCGGCGCCUUCGGCCUCGCUGCCCGAGGAGGACCGCAUGGACCUGAACCCAUCUUUCCUGGACAUUGCCCUGCGCUCUCUGCUGGCCAUCGACCUGUGGCUCUCCAAGAAGCUGGGCGUGUGCGCCGGGGAGAGCUCGUCCUGGGGCAACAUGAGACCCCUGAUGAAGCUGCUGGAAAUCUCGGGACAUGGCAUCCCCUGGCUACUGGGCACUGUCUACUGCCUGUCCAGGAGCGACAGUUGGGCCGGGCGCGAGGUACUGAUGAACCUGCUCUUCGCCUUGCUGUUGGACCUGCUGCUGGUGAGCCUGAUCAAGGGGCUGGUCCGCAGGCGCCGGCCCGCCCACAACCAAAUGGACAUGUUUUUCACUGUCUCCGUGGACAAGUACUCCUUCCCCUCGGGCCAUGCCACCAGGGCCGCCCUGGUGUCACGGUUCAUCCUGAACCACCUGGUGCUGGCGAUUCCAUUGAGGGUGCUGGUGGUACUGUGGGCUUUCAUCCUGGGCCUCUCCAGGGUCAUGCUGGGACGGCACAACGUCAGUGACGUGGCUUUUGGCUUUUUUCUGGGCUACAUGACUUACAGCAUUGUGGACUAUUGCUGGCUCUCACCACAUAAUGCUGCGGUCCUCUUUGGAUUUUGGAACCAAUAAUGACCCAACUUUUUCAUGAUGGCACCAGGAGAUCUGAAGGCUUCCAUAUAAGAUGAUGCUGACAUAAAUCCGCAUCCUUCUAGCUUGCCUCUCUUAAGACAUUUCAGUCCCCAUUUGGAUUGGGAUUUGGGGUGUCAUACCUCCUUGAAAAAAAACCCUCUAUUAUAUACCAUUAAUAUUCAUUGAGUAUAUAUCUCCAUGAUACUGUAAAGAAGUCAAGCUGGGGUGAUUACAACCUUGAUGAUUUUUAAUAGUUGACAUCAGUAAAAUUUGUGUUGUGGUAACCCCAUCAACAUAUCACUUGCAAUUUAAACUUUGAAAAAAUAUUAAGUAUACAUGCAGAUGAACCACUUAUUAAUCCUAGUCUUUUUCCUGAAGUAUAUUUAAACUAUACUUUAAGCGGCUAAGACAAAUAUUUCUGUAGUUUAUUCCCUGAAGAUUUGUUGCUACGUUUGGGGAGAUUUCUUCUUAACCCUGAUUUUCUUGGUAAGCUUGUGCACUUUAUUGUCUUUCCCAUCUUUGCAGAUUGGGUAGUAAGAACAGAGAUUAUAGUAUAUGCCUUUCUUUCCUUUACCUCUUCAAAAUAAGUAUUUAAAAUAUCCUUUUUCUUUCUAUUAAAUACUUUCAGAAUUCUGAAACCCAACUUAAAGCAGCACUUAAAAACUGGGCUUAUCUAUAGAGGAAAGGAUGGGACUAUGGCCUCAUGUCUAAUUUUGUUAGCUAAUAGUUGGCUUGACAUGACAGAAAAGCCAAGUCACUAGGAAAGUGAGAGGAAUGGAAAGCUUGUGAGUUAUAAAACUGAUCCCUUAUAUCAAUGGACCAACAAAGGAGAAGGGGGUCCCUAUUGUCUGUCAAAUAUCUGCUGAAUCUCUGCUGAAUAAAGAGUGCUUUCUCUUUAAUAUGAAAAAAUACCCUAAAUCUUUGCAAUGUCAGCUUUCUUAUACAUUCCAAGAGGAUGCCCCUAUAUUUUAAUGGCUUCUCAUAGAAUUCCAUUCCCUAUAUAGAGCAAAUUUAUGGUAACAGUAUUUACAGUGUGCCUGCUGACACACCUAGGUACAAAAUGUAACUAAGUCAUAAACUUUUAUUUAACGUCCCUUUACAUUUAAAUCAGCUAAUGGACCCUCUCCAAAUCACAAGACUAAAUAUUACAAAUGCAGAGUAGAGGGACAUUAUUCUUUGAGCCAACGCAUUGUUCUGCUCAUAGUUCUUUGAUGAGGGAACAAUGAAAAGGGCAUAGGAUUUAAAUGCUGCUCUACCUGAAAAUAAGAACCUUUAAGUUACCUUUAGAACUGGUGUCUUCAGCUAUGUUAAUGAGCAGUGAUUUUUGUUUCUAAAUGUAGGGUUAUGAUGGAGAAUGCCUUAUCAUAAGAGGGUUCUUAAUGGGUGGGUGCAUAAUUUUCUGUGGAUGAGAGGCACCUGGAAAGAGUAAUAGCUGCUCUACAAAAUAAAAUUAUUAAAAUGAAAUAAAAUGAGAUUCUUUACAUCUCCUCAACAUCCUGAACACAGACUACCUCUUCACUUACUGAUUACGCCAAACUGUGACACCUAUUCAGUUUAACCUUAGAGACAUCCUUUAUUUUAAUUAGAAGAAAUUCAAUCCAGAUAUUUGGAAGCAGUGACAUUGCCUCAUACAGGGUUGAAAAGUCUGAAUAUUGGGGGUUCUUAGUAAUAGUGCUGGAAUUUCCUGUUUUAUCUGCUGCAGUCUGAGCUUCUUGACUCUUAAUAUCUUAAAGCACUGAUCAAUUUACCUGAUGUUUGGGGGACAUUUUAAGAACCAUAGAGUAGAAAAUUUAUUUUGCUGUAAAUUUAAUUGUGCACUAAGGAAUGCCUUUAAUAAAUCCAAAUAAAACUACCAGUGCUGUUGAAUAAAGUGAGUUGAUCAUUUC